AUGCCGCUGGCAAACUUGGCCUCCAGGAGGGCAGGCUUCCCCUUUGCCCAGCUUCUGGGCAACAGGAUAAAGGGGCUCAGAGGAGCCCAGGAGCAGAAGGCGGAGAGACCUGGCAUGAUGCUGUGGCUGCUGUUCCUGACUCUCCCCUGCUUUGGGGGCUCCGUGCCUGUGACCUCAAAUCCUGGCCCGGGUACUGAGCUAGCGGGCAUCGUGGGGGGCCACGAUGCCCCUGCUGGGAAGUGGCCGUGGCAGGUGGGCCUGUGGUUCUUGGAUCCAUUUGUGGGGUGGGAGCUCAUUUGUGGGGGCUCUCUCAUCCAGUCCCAGUGGGUGCUGACCGCUGCCCACUGCAUUCGCGGGAAAAACCCAGUGCCUUCGAGCUUUAAGGUGCAACUAGGACUAGUGAGACCCUCCCUCUAUUAUACUGAGAAGGUGGCUAUGGUCAUCCGGCACCCCGCGUACAGUCUUGAAGAAGGGCCGCAAAGUGGGGCGGAUGUGGCACUUCUCAAACUGGAGGCCUCCGUGCUGCCAUCUAACCUAGUCAAGUGGAUCACCCUCCCACCAGAGUCAUUCACGGUCCCCUCAGGCACGGAGUGCUGGGUGACCGGCUGGGGUGACACUGAUCCUGAAGAGCCGCAGGCCCCGCUCCAGAAUCUGCAGGAGGUGAAGGUCCCCAUCGUGGCGGAUGAGGUCUGUUGGCAGAAAUACUCCAGGAUCAACAAGUUUAUCAAGGGCGACAUGCUGUGUGCGGGGAGCAAGGACCGGGACUCCUGCCAGGGUGACUCCGGGGGCCCCUUGGUCUGUAAAUGGAGGGGAAACUGGGUCCAGGUAGGAGUGGUGAGUUGGGGGGAGAGCUGCGGUCAUUCUGACUUUCCUGGAGUCUAUGCCCGAGUGACAUCCUUCUUGCCCUGGAUCUACCGGUAUGUCCUCUCCUCUCCUUGA